AUGGCUCCUGCAAGGAACACUGUGCUGGCACUGCUAGGCCUUGCCAUAAGCAUUCGCGCAGCACCUGCUGGCUUACAACAUCGCCAGAUUGGCGUUCUUCCACCCAAACAGAGUGUCUCUUGGGACACUGGCAACUCAGAGCCCACCGAAGAGCCACAAGAGCCCGUUGUCCCAUCCAAGUCAACUGAUGAGAUUAGCCUUGGAACACCAUCGGGCUGGAUCAGCUGGGAAACCACCGGCCCAGCUCCCACAAAUGCUCCAGAAGAACCUGAGUACCCGCCUCCAGCCAAGCCUACGGAUCAAUUCAGUAUUGGUACACCGUCCGGCUGGAUCAGCUGGGAGACGAGCGGGCCUGCACCCACACCUGCUCCCCAAGAACCCGACUACCCUCCUCCUUCUAAGCCGACGGAUCAGUUUAGCAUCGGUAAACCAUCCUUCUGGGUGAGCUGGGCCACUGAUGGGCCCGAGCCAACUCCUGAACCGGAAGAGCCUGAGGAGCCUGGAUACCCUCCACCUAAGCCUAGCGAUCAGUUCAGCAUCGGGAAACCAUCUUACAGUAUCACCUGGGACGGAGAUGGUCCAGGUGCGUCCUCAACGCCUAAGCCAGAACCGACACCUACACCGGAACCAACGCCGCCGCCAAAGCCAACUUCGAAGUACUCCUCCAUCGUAACUCUUCCCCCUAUCUGGUCGAACUCCAGUAUGACUAGCUCCGCUUCUGUCACGAGUUACAAACCUCCAGUGUCUUCUUCUACUAAGUCUGCCUCAUCGAGUAAGAUUUCAUCUACCAAGAAACCCGGCUACCCUCCAUGGAACCCAUGGCCACCGAAGCCAACGACGAUGAAGUCCACCGCAAAGUCCACUAUGACGUCUACUAAGAAGCCAACUUCGACGCCGAAGCCGUCGACGACUGCUAAGCCAACACCUUCCCCAGCUCCAGUCCCCUCAACAACCAAGAGCGCUAUCAUCAGCCUCUCUCCGCCUAAGUUCAGCGUGAGCUGGGAUUUGAAUAAGAGAAACGCAAAACCAACUUCUACGACUACCAAGAAGUCUAAGACGAGUAAGACUAUGAUGACAAAGACUACCACGAAGAAGAGCACUUCAAAGAGCACGUCAAAGUCUACCUCCAAGUCAUCAUCAAAGUCAUCUUCAGUAGCUACAACAACGCCUAAGCCUACAUAUACACCCAAGCCUACGCCUACACCAACACCAUCUCCUACUCCAACACCCACUCCAACACCGACGCCCAGUCCUCCUCCCCCUUCCACAACCCCAAGUCCUCCCUCUACUUCCACCUCCACACGUUCAGCAGACAUCACCGUAGGUCCACCCAACUACAGCGUAACCUGGGACUACGACGAGCCCGAACCAACAGCUCCUCCCUCAGAAGAAGAGCCCUACCCCUCCGACCCAGAAGAACCCUUCCCGGAGGAGCCAUUUCCCGAGGAGCCUUUCCCAGAAGACCCAGAGUACCCAGAAGACGAUUUCCCGCCCCCCUCCCAACCAACCCAAGCAAACAGCAUCGGCCUGAACCCACCCACCGUAACCGUAAUCUGGGGCAAAAAGCGCCAAGAAGACGAUGAUGCCUUACCCACAUCUUCACCUAACCUCCCCGCAGACAGCGAAGACCCCGAUGGCCCCAUAGAAAUCCCCGCUAACCCCGCGCCCACGCAACCCAACAGCGUCGGCCUCAACCCCCCAACCUACACCGUCAUCUGGGGCAAAGAGAAGAAGCGCGCGCCUGAACCUACUGCCGCCCCUGCCCCCGCUGUAGCUGUAGCAGAACGAGAAGCAGUGCCAGCGCCGCAGAACAGUAUUGGGCUGGAGUUCCCUUGGCAGAGUAUCUCGUGGCCGAAGCCUGAGCCGCCGACGUAUAUCUCGUGGGGGAAAAGGGGGCCGGUUGCGCAGCCUACGGCUGUGCCGGGGAGGAUGGAGACGGUUUAUGUUAGGGGGGCUGAGUAUACGGUUUGGAAAGAGAAGUAUGUUACGGAGUUGGGGAGAUGA